AAGAUGGCGGAUGCCGAAGAGGAGGUUGCGGAGCCUGCUGCCCCUUCCGCAGCCCCAAUUUCAUUCGGGUUCACUCGCACCUCUGUCCGGAGGCGACUGGCGGCUACAGGGGACGGCAUGGGGUCGGCCCCAGAAGAAAAAGAUUUCUUGAAGAUCGUGGAAGGAAAGGAGCUGCAGAGUGUGAAGCCUGUAGAAGCCCCUAAGGAACUGGUCAUCCCAUUGAUCCAGAAUGGCUUUCAAAGGCAGGCCUUGGCCCAGACGUCUGUGCCAUCCACAGAGGCUUUGGAGGAUGGGGUGUUGUCCCAGGCUGUGAAGGAGCUCAUUGAGGAAUCCAAGAAGUCUCUGGAGGAGAGAGAGAACUCAGGUGUUGACUCUAUGCUUGCUAUCCCCAUGAUCCAGAAAGGAUAUACUCCUAAUGAGGAAGGGGCAAGCAGCACACCCCAGGAUGAGACAACAAGCAGAACUUCCUCCGGGCAACACAGUGGAGCAUCCUUGUCACGGAAGGCCCUCCAGAGUGAUGACCUCCGAGGUCGGUGGGAGGACUCUGAGAGGAAGCGGAAACACUCUCCCAACAGACAGGAGGGGCCUGUGGCCAAGAGUGAAAAAGCAGCCAGCAGGAGUCGGCACUGGCUGCACCGGGACUUGCGUGUGCGCUUUGUGGACAAGCUGCAUAAGGGUGGCCAAUAUUACAACACCAAGAUGACGAUUGAAGAUGUCCUGAGCCCAGAUACAUGUGUAUGCCGGACAGAUGAAGGUCGUGUCCUGGAAGGCCUAAAGGAAAACAUGCUGGAGACCCUGGUUCCCAAGGUCGAGGGCAAUCGUGUGAUGGUAGUUCUGGGGCCAUUGGCUGGAAGGGUAGGUCAUCUGCUGGGCCGGGACAGAGCCCAGAGCCGGGCUUUGGUGCAGCUGCGGAGAGAAAAUCAAUUGGUGGAACUUCACUAUGAUGCUGUCUGCCAGUACAUGGGCCCUAGUGACUCGGAUGAAGAUUGACUGUGGGGCACUGCUGUCCUGUGGGUCCUUGGCAGCUCUGUACUGCCCCAAAAGUGGCCUUGGAGAAGUUAAGUGCAAAGUCCUGCAGUGCGGGAUGGAGAAUGGAUGGAUGGACCAGAAAGAGACUAGAAUGAAAUUCAGCAUUUAUUAGAAUUGAGUGUAUAAUAAAAACCAUUGGAAAUACU